AUGGCACCACCGUCGGCUACAUACACGGAGACAUCGACAACCCCCUCCAAGGGCUUCGACACUGCCGAUGCCGAAGCGGAGGAUACUGCCCCCCUGGAACCUUCGUUGAAGCAGGGCGAAGCCGGAGGACAAAUGCAGAUAUUUCCCAGUCCGCCACGCUUCACAGACAAGUAUGAGGCACGAGAAUACCUCAAGGGCCGCCUGGCACUGGCCUUCCGUUUGUUUGGCAAAUACGGCUUCGACGAGGGUGUGGCCGGCCAUAUCACACUACGGGACCCGGUCGAUCCGCACAAGUUCUGGGUCAACCCAUUCGGUCUAGCAUUCAGCCAGAUCAAGCGGUCGGACUUGAUUCUCGUGGACCAUGACGGCAAGGUCGUCGACGGCGGGCCAAACCGCCUUCUCAAUACCGCAGCAUAUAUGAUCCACGCAGCCGUCCACAGCGCUCGACCAGAUGUCCUCUGCGCAGCCCACUCCCACAGUAUCUACGGCCGAACUUUCUGUACGCUCGGGCGGCCCAUCGACAUUACGACCCAAGACAGCUGUGCCUUUUAUAACGACCUGGCCGUGUACAACUCGUUCAAGGGUAUCGUGCUGGCCAAGGAAGAGGGCGAGAAUAUUGCGCGCGCCAUUGGAAACAAAAAGGCCUGUCUGCUACAGAACCACGGCCUAUUGACGGUCGGCCAGACCAUUGAAGCCGCCGUCUUCUGGUUCGUCUCUCUUGAAAAGUGCUGCCGCACGCAGCUCAUGGCCGACGCGGCAGCCGCUGGUCGAGGAGGCGAGACCAUCAAGAUCGACGAAGAAGAUGCCCAGUUCACAUACAAGAGCGUCGGCACACCGCGAGCUGGUUGGUUCGGCGCGAAGCCUAUGUUCGAUGUCAUGGCCCAAGAGGUCGGUGAUGAAUAUUUGCAAUGA